AAGCACUUAAUUGAGCUAUGUUAUAAAGUAGCUCAGAAAUAUCUCUUUGAAGGAAAACAUGAGGAAUCUGUCCCUGCAGCUUUACAUUCACUUCGUUUCCGCAUGAAUGUAUAUGGCCUGAAUUCAGUACAGUUGGUUCCUGCUUACCUGCUGCUUUCUGAGGCCAGUAUUGGUCUUGGCCAUAUUGUCCAGGCAGAGGAAUAUCUCUCCCAAGCCCAAUGGACUGUUCUCAAGGCAACUGAUUGCAACAAUGAAAUUCAGUCUCUCAUGCAUCGAAACCUGGGUCUUCUCUAUACAGCUAAGGAAGACUUUGAAGAAGCACGCUAUCACUUGGCCAAUGAU